AUGACAGUGGUCACAAUUGAAUCAGGAUUUCCAGAUGUACGACAGAUAUCUAGCUUUGUAUUCUUUCAUAAAACCCGAUACAUGAUCAUGGUUUUAUCACUUCUCUGUAUGACAGUCGGACAGAUGAACUCGCUUACAUUCAAUUUCACUGUCAUUUGCAUGCAAGAUGUUGUGACAGACUUUCAUCAAAAUAACAGAACGGAUUUACAUUGGAUGGAGAAUCCAAGUCAAAAAUCAUUCAUUUUCUCUGGUGUUGCAAUUGGAGCAGUCAUAGGAUUGAUUCCACUUGUUCCCAUGUUGGAUCAUAUUGGGUUACGAAUUACUUUCACUAUAUUCGGUCUAAUAUCCGCUGCAAGUUCUCUUCUCUUCCCCCUUGCUGUUUCAAUUGGUUUUUAUGCUGUCUUUAUUGUUCGUAUUCUUCAAGGAAUUGGAACUUCUAUACUCUACACAGUUGUCGCUUAUAUUCCCGGAAUAUGGGCUCCAAAAAAUGAGAUGGGAACUUUUUUGGCAGUUCUUUCAUGUGGUUUCCAAUUGAGUAAUAUCAUUUGCAUGCCUGUUUCUGGAAUUCUUUGCGAGUCAGAGUAUGGAUGGAGACCCAUUUAUUACAUCUUUGGAACCUUGACUGUUUUUGUCUAUGUAGCAUUUUUUAUUUUCUAUGCUGAUGCUCCCAAGAACCAUCAUCAUGUAUCACCGAAAGAACUCAGUUUGAUUUGUGCGGAGAAGAAACCAAAACAAGGAAAAGAGAGUGUACCAUAUAGAGCAAUCUGUUCUGAUAAAUGUGUACUUGCCACGUGGCUCGCUAUGUGCGGAAGAAAUGUUGCAUUCUAUGUGUUGAUUCUUUAUGGACCCACUUAUUUGAGAGAAGUAUUGCAUUUUGAUGUAAAGGGAACUGGAUGGGCUGCAGCAUUACCUUUUGUUUCAUGUGCAAUUGUCAAAUUUGCUUCGGGUCAACUCACGGAUAGACUGACCAUGUUUUCAGAAAAGACUAAAUUUAUCACAUGUACACUGAUCUCAAUGGUAGGAUUGGCAGCUGGAUUUGUGGUGAUGUCGAUGACGUCUUCUCGGACUAUUGCUCAAAUAUCAUACACUUUUGCUGUCACUUUAUCUGGUAUCACUAUUAUGGGUACAAUAAAAUGUUUGCAAUUGCGAUGUCAGCAACACGUUCAUUUUGCAACUGCAGUAAUUGCAUUCAUGGCUUGUGUCUGGCAAUUCGUUGUACCUCUUGGAGUAGGUUAUCUGUGUCCAAAUAAUACUCCUGAAGAAUGGUCUUUCUUGUUUUUUAUUGUUUCCGGUAUUGUUAUCGUUGUUAAUAUUCCAUUCCCAUUUUUGACGACAUCACAAGCUGCGGAUUAUACAAAACACAAAUAA